AUGUUAGCAAUACAUAAUGAAUUCACGGCAACGCUGUUAAGUUCGGGCAAAGUUCUUGCUGCUGGUGGUCGACUAAGUUCCACUUCUAUUGCUACCUGUGAAAUACAUGAUCCAUCAACAGGCCAAUGGAACUCCACUGCAAGCAUGGCAACAGCACGUGCGGCUCAUACUGCAACCCUGUUAAGUACGGGCAAAGUUCUCGUCACUGGUGGUAUCGGCAGUGGUGGUAUCCCAUCCAAUGAUCUUGCUAGUUGUGAAAUAUUUGAUCCAUCAACAGGCCAAUGGAAGUCUACUGGAAGCAUGGCAGCAGCUCGUUCGUCUCAUACGGCAACCCUGUUAAGUACGGGGAAAGUUCUUGUCACUGGUGGUCUACAAUUUUUGACUGCACUUACUAGUUGUGAAAUAUUUGAUCCAUCAACAGGGCAAUGGAAGUCUACUGCAAGCAUGGCAAUAGCACGUGCGGCUCAUACUGCAACCCUGUUAAGUUCGGGCAAAGUUCUCGUCACUGGUGGUAUCGAUCUUGCUAGUUGUGAAAUAUUUGAUCCAUCAACAGACCAAUGGAACUCCACUGCAAGCAUGGCAACAGUACGUUUCGAUCAUACUGCAACCCUGUUCAGUUCGGGCAAAGUUCUUGUCACUGGUGGUGGACUAAUUUCCACUUCUGUUGCUACUUGUGAAAUAUUUGAUCCAUCAACAGACCAAUGGAACUCCACUGCAAGCAUGGCAACAGCACGUGCGUAUCACACUGCAACCCUGUUCAGUUCGGACAAAGUUCUUGUCACUGGUGGUGCACAAUCUUCCACUUCUGUUGCUACUUGUGAAAUAUUUGAUCCAUCAACAGGCCAAUGGAACUCCACCGCAAGCAUGGCAACAGCACGUUAUCACCACACUGCAACCUUGUUCAGUUCGGGCCAAGUUCUUGCCGCUGGUGGUCAAAGUCAGUCCACUGAACUUGCUAGUUGUGAAAUUUACACUCCAUGA